GCAGAAGAUGGCGCAGAUCGGCCUGAUCCGCCUGAAGGAGCCGCGGCCUCGGUCUCCGGCCCUGAACUCUCCCGUCCCGGAACCACCCGUCCCGGCCGCCAAGAGGCGCAAAACCCGGCACCAGCGCGAGCCCGAGAGGAGGAGCGGCCAUUCCCCGCCGCCCGCCUUGUACUCGCUCAGCCCGGCCCCGCCCCCCGACGUCUCCAUCUCCCGGGUAAAGGCCCCGCGGGACCAGGACAGGAAACCCCGGGACAGACAGGAGAAGAGCGUCCGCCGCCCCGGCACAGGUGGUGCAGAUGAAAAUGGGAAAAGUCGGAAAUCUAAUGAAUACUUGAGCAAAAAAAUGAAGAAGAAAAAGAAAAAGAAAGAUCGUGAUUGUCCAAGAAUGAGGCGAUUGAAAGUGUAUAAUAAGGAGGUGCAAACAGCAUGUACUGCGAUGACCCAUGUCCAUCUGGACACUCGGGAACCAGGCUCUUCUGUUCCCACAAUGAAAAUUGAUAAAGAAUGGAUUCAGCCUCAUGACCAGCCUAGCAGGCUGGAUAUGGAAAGGAAUGAUUGCAGACUUCCUUCAGGUGCGCAGUUACCAUUCUUAUCACACAGAGAUCACUGUGUACGUAAGGGACUUGUGCGGACAGGCUCCUCUACAUUUGCUCGCUUUAUACAUGUGGACCACCAGCCGAAUGGCGGAGCUCCUGUGCUCCAUGCCUACAUGGAUGAACUCUCUCUUUUGCCUCCUGUGGAGGUGGAGAAGUUUGCUGAGGAAUUUCUUACAUUGACUUUUAGUGAAAAUGAGAAAAAUGCAGCCAAUUACGUGAUGGCAGUUGUUCACGGAGCAGCAGCCUAUUUACCAGAUUUUCUGGAUUAUUUUGCUUUUAACUUUCCUAAUACUCCAGUGAAAAUGGAAAUACUGGGAAAGAAAGACAUUGAAACUACAACCAUCUCAAACUUUCACACUCAGGUUUCACGGACAUAUUGCUGUGGCACAUAUAGAGCAGGUCCCCUGAGGCAGGUCAGUCUGGUAGGAGCUGUGGACGAAGAGGUUGGAGAUUUUUUCCCAGAAUUUCUUGAUCUGUUGGAAGAAUCCCCAUUUUUGAAAAUGACAUUGCCGUGGGGAACUCUAUCCAAUCUUAAACUUCAGUGCCGGUCACAGAGCGACGAUGGCCCAAUAAUGUGGGUUCGGCCAGGGGAGCAGAUGAUUCCUACAGCAGAUAUGCCAAAGUCCCCUUUCAAGAGACGAAGGUCAAUGAAUGAAAUUAAGAACUUGCAGUAUCUGCCUCGAGCCAGUGAACCUCGGGAAAUCCUGUUUGAGGACAGGACGCGAGCUCAUGCAGACCACGUGGGGCAGGGCUUUGAUUGGCAGAGCACAGCGGCCGUCGGUGUUCUGAAGGCCAUCCAAUAUGGAGAAUGGAGCGAUCGACUUCGUGUAACUAAAGAUGUGGUUUGUUUUCAUGCUGAGGAUUUCACUGAUGUUGUACAGAGAUUGCAGUUAGAUCUACACGAGCCACCAGUCUCACAGUGUGUUCAGUGGGUGGAUGAAGCAAAACUAAACCAGUUGAGACGGGAGGGGAUCCGCUAUGCCAGGAUCCAGCUAUCAGACAAUGAUAUCUACUUUAUUCCUCGAAAUGUUAUUCACCAGUUCAAAACUGUGUCUGCUGUGUGCAGCUUAGCUUGGCACAUACGCCUGAAACGGUAUCACCCAGAGCAACCAAAUCCAAUCCCAAACCCACCCUCUGGCAGCACCACUGCAGGGACUGAGGUGGAAACUGAUGUGACGAUGGAGCCUGAAGUUGAGACAGGCACCAUUAAUGCAGGAACAGGAUCGCAGGACCCACAGUGAUCUGUAAAUCCUCAACUUUUUUAAAUAAAUAUUUUUUUUUAAA